CUGGGACUCUUGAAAUGUUACGGAUUCGAUGGCUCGUACGGUUGAUGACACUGCCUCGAAGCCAUGGCAUUGCUGUCGAGCUUUUGAAUGUUGCAUGGAUCACGAUCCAGGGCGAGUAGAACGGCCGACACGACGUGGUGCGUUGACCCGUUGCUCAUCUGGACUGGCGAUGCUGUGGCCCUGCCAACGAGUGAACACUUGCAGCGAUUCAAGAGUGCGGACGCUUCGGUAUGUUGCCACCUCGAUCAUUCCUUUGAUGGAGAGGCCAUGGAAAGUCAAACGAGCGCAAACACUUCGAUGGGCUCUAGCAAAACAGUGCCACGAAAGAUGCCCGCUAUCGAUUCUGUUCGUGAUGCGCACGAUCCGUUUAUUCAAGGUUUGGAAAGGAGAGCAUCUCGUUGACUGAAGUCAUGUGGUGUAAAGGGACAUCACAUAGCAAAAGAAGGUGGCCAUUCUCUGCCCCAUCAUGUGUUUGGUUGACUGUAUUUGGCCCUUUUACAUCGUGUCCAUCAUGCGUCGAACGAGUGCCUACGUCGCAUUCGCCAUGUUUCAAUCCAUUGCGAUAAUCGUUCUAGUGGCGAGUCCAUCCAACGCCUUCCAAAAAUUUGUGGCUAUGAUUCCAAACGGAGACAACGUCGUCGGUGUGGCUGCUGUCGGGCACAUCAACUCGAG